ACUGCGUUUAAAGUGGACUGACGCGACAGCUAGCAUGACGGCUAUCAGUGAAAAAGCUGGUCAAUUAGCACUUGAAUCUUCAUUUUCGAGUACUUGUUGAGUGUUUAAGUGAAAUUGUAACAGCGGGGUUAUUUUUAUAUAUGACGUGGACCACACUCUCUGCCUUCGGCUACUCCAACCGCUGAGGUGUGAAUCUGGAAUGCCCGAGGGGAUGGAUCCUCUGGGUGCUCGCUCCCAGUUUGUGAACAUCCAGACCCUUCCCACGUGGCAGCAGCUGGAAGAGGAUGGCGAGCGCAUUCCCCAGGAUCUGAGCGACAGCCUGCUCAGCCAGCAGUCCUUUCCGUCACCGUUCCCGUUCAGGCCAGACAUCAACUGCAAAGUCAUACUCUUCACUGGCGACGUGGCCCUGCUGAACUGCACCGCGAUCACCAACACCAGUAACGAACUGCUCAAUGAUAAGAACCCUGUUUCGGAGCGCAUCCAUCAGCUGGCAGGGCCCGAGCUGAAAGAUGAGCUGCUCAAACUUAAAGGAUGUCGCACAGGAGAGGCGAAGCAUACUAAAGGCUUCAACUUGGCAGCGAGAUUCAUCAUCCACACAGUGGGACCAAAGUACAAAGCCAAGUACAGAACAGCAGCAGAGAGCUCGCUGUACAGCUGCUACAGGAAUAUCCUGCAGCUGGCCACGGAACAGUCGAUGGCAUCUGUUGGCCUCAGCGUGGUGAGCACCGCCAAACGAGGAUACCCACUGGAAGACGCCACACACAUUGCCUUCAGAACAGUCCGCAGGUUUCUGGAGAAGCAUGGAAGCAGGAUAGAGGCGGUGGUGUUCGCUGUGUCUGACACAGAGGAGGCGGUGUACAGGAAAUUGCUGCCACUCUACUACCCUCGCUCGGAGGAGGAGGAGAGGUUGUGCCUGCCCCUUGUGCCGGCCGAUAUCGGCAACUCAGAGGGCGAGCCUGUCGUCCCUGAGAGGCAGAUCCGCAUCACAGAGAAACCGGGAAGCUUGGAAGAUAAUUCUGAGGAGGACAAUCUGGAGUCAGAUCUGGGCCAGGUUGGCCAUCAUGCCUUUGCCCGCAUGGAGGGUGACGUGGACAAGCAACGCAAGCUGAUCCUGCAGGGUCACUUGUCAGAGGCAGCCAUGCAAAAGCAACACCAGAGGAACUACAACCGCUGGCUGUGUCGAGCCAGAGGGGAGGACCUGUCCGACAUCGCCGCACUGAAAGCAUUAUAUCAGACAGGUGUGGACAUGUGUGGCAGGACGGUGAUGGUUGUGGUGGGGAGAAACAUUCCAGUGACUCUCAUCGACCUUGAAAAGGUUUUGCUGUAUUUCAUCCACGUGAUGGACCACAUAGCUGUAAAGGAGUAUGUGAUGGUUUACUUUCACACACUGACGGGCGAACACAACCACCUGGACUCGGAAUUCCUCAAAAACCUCCAUGACAUUGUCGAUGCCAAGUUUAAGAAGAAUUUAAAGGCCUUCUACUUUGUCCAUCCAACAUUUCGCUCCAAGGUUUCCACUUGGUUCUUCACCACCUUCAACGUGUCAGGCAUGAAGGACAAGGUGCGUUACCUCGACAACCUGCAGCAGCUCUUCACCUGCAUCAGGCCCGAGCAAAUUGACAUACCACCUUUUGUGCUGGACUACGAUGCACGGGUAAACGGACGUUCCCAGUCUUCCGGUCUGUAACGACUGACCAAUCAUAGUCUCGAUCAAGCUGGAAACCAUUUCCAAACCUUUCAUGGUCGACAGUUGCCUCCAUCCUCCUGAGGGACUAAUCCACUUCGUGGAGAGACUUUACAUAUGUUUUACUGUCCGCUUGUUGGUAGUUCUUGUGUGGGUUCUGCAUUCAGGAAACACCCGGUGGUCCAAUAUCCCAUAUGACUCGUUACCAGCGUGAUAUGGUGGUGGUCUUCAUGCUACGUGACAUUCAGAAAAUGUCAUACCAAGUUUAAGUUGGAACCAACAAGUCCACCGGACUCCGAGACGUUAAAAGCUGAUAUCAGGAAUCUCCACAAGGUAGAAUGUUUCCAUUUUAAAAUCUACUACCAAAAGCUUUACAUGGAUGCCAUUUGAUGUACUUCUGUUUGAAUCAACAUUGUUCUCACUGGAAAAUGUAUUUUCGAGCACGUUCGUUUUAAUUUCAAUCUCAAUCACGAAAAAUCACCAAUUGUCACCAAACUUUCACUUUAUUCGGCCACGUGUUCUGUCAGGUGACCUAUAAUGAAAUCUGAUGUUUUUCUUCAACAAUUGUAAGGUUAGCUAUUGUCCUGCGAAUGAGUCAAAUUAUAACACUUCCAGCUUCAACAUUGUUUUGCCAGAUGAGAAAUGUAAAGUUCGAUAACAUCUACCAAAUUGAUCGUGAACAGAAAAGUUCAAUUUCUACAUUUUUAACCUAAAAAUUAUUACCCCAGGUACAAAAUGUAAAGUUAUCAAAUUAUUAGCAAACAUAAAAGUCACACUUGAAAGCGUUACUACCACUUCCAGCUUCAACAUUAUUUCGCCAGACAAGAGUGGGGUCGAGUGGUGCCUUCUGCGUCGAGGCACCGGAUUCUUACGACAGAUUUAUGGCAGUUGUUUUUUUUUUUUUUUUUUUUUUUUUUUAAAAGAGAAAAGUCAAAAUUCUUGUCAUCGCUAAUACAUUAGCUAGUGGCUUCUAAGCUGCCUGACUAUCUGGACCGCUUCCGGUCCCUCUUCCGAUUCCAUCAACAUGGCGUCACUUUGCUUCUCACACAUGAAAGGAAGUUUCCAUUGACAAUUACAUUUUGAUUUCCUCACUUAGUGUUUAGCACGAGCGCUUUCUUUCAGAGUUGGCAACGGCGAGGGGCGUUUUGUUUUUUUUAUUCAUCGCAAAUCAAAAAUACAGAAGUACACUUGAACACAUUCCUCCGAUUGUUUUAUAGUCUGUCUAUGUGAUGACAAAGGCGCUAACGCAUUUGCAAAUAAGAGGUCACAUGACCUUCACUCUGCUUUCAGCUUGACACUUGAGACCGAAGUCAACAGUAUGUUAUUUCUCUGGACGUUUAACAAAGAAAAUGCAAGAGAGUUUAGUUUUCCUCAAAAAUGUGAAACUGUUAAUGAAAUAUUUUGGUAUUGCUGAUUUGUUUUUGUUUUUUUAGUGCAAAACUGAUUAUGAGCCAAAUAGCCUACUUGGAAAUGUAUCUUUUUAAAAUGUAUAUUUCAUUUUACUUCAGCUGUUAAUUAUGUUAACUUUUUUACACUGAUUAAAAUUGCCUCCUGUUAA